AUGAGACAUACACUUGUCACCCAGCUUGGCAAACGGCCAACGCUAUUUUCGCGGUCCCAUCUAUCAUCUCGCAUACGGCCUCAAGGAAACCGAUCUACCAGCUCAUCGCCGAAGAGUCCUGAGAAAAACGUACCCUCCCAGAACGCUCAGUCUAAAGCCGCACCCCCUUCAUCGACGCAAUCCUCCUGUUCCUCCGCCACCCCGCGUACAGUCCCCGCCAGUGCCCGAUCACGAUCGCUGCGUGACGUUAUCGUGGAGGGACCCCUUGGCAAGCUCGGACGGUCAUAUUCGCGGAUUCAGGAAAGAAGGCCUUAUGCGACACAAUUUUGGAGCUCGAUCGUCGUGUACCUGUGCGGUGACUUGAGCGCACAGUUAUUGUUUCCGUCAGAUAACAAGUCGGUCAAGGAUACAGCCCGAGAAAAUUCAGAGAGUGAAGACAAUGACGCCGCGACAUCCGGAGGGGGAUAUGCCCCGUGGAGGACAUUGCGGCAUUUGACCGUGGGCGCAGGAUCAAGCAUUCCGUCGUAUAACUGGUUCAUGUUCCUUCACCACCACUUCAAUUUCGCAUCCAAAUUCCUCUCGAUCCUCACUAAGGUCUGCGUGCAACAGGCCGUGUUCACACCCGUCUUCAACACCUACUUCUUCAGUGUCCACUCGCUGCUUUCCGGCGCAACUCUCGAGGAGACCUGGGAGCGUCUGAAGAAAGCGCUUCCGGUGAGUAUCACCAACAGCGCGAAGUUGUGGCCUGCAGUCACCGCGUUCAGCUUCAUGUACGUGCCGGCUCAGUUUCGGAAUAUAUUUUCUGGAGUUAUUGCGGUCGGAUGGCAGACGUAUCUCAGCUGGUUGAACCAGAAGGCGGCGCGAGAAGUCGAGGCCAAUGAGUUGGCUGAGGCAGCGGCUUCGCAGAUCGGUAUUGGCGCCUCAGCGACGCUGAAGGCAUAG